AUGGAAGAGAAGUUCUCCGAGCUGAACCACAACCCUAUGUCCGAGUCCUUCGAGACUCUUCGAGGCCGCUUGAAGCAAAUGGGGGACCAGUUCGUCUCGACCCGGGCCGCGCUCCAGACCCGGUUCGAGGAGCUCCGGAGCCGCGAGGAGGCAAUCGGGCGCCGGGAGAAGCUUCUGGAAGAGAAAGAGUCCGGGUUUAGGUCGAAGGAGUCGGAGCUGGAGGCAAUCGAGGAGGCCAUUACAGAGAAGCUUCUGGAUUUCGAGGAAGGUAAGACUCGUUUGGAAAGUCUUGGAAUUUUGAUUAGGGAGAAAGAGAUGGAGUGUGAUUUGAUGCGUAAUCGAGUCGAAAAGGGGGCUAGGGAUUUGGCUAGGGUUGAGGAAAUGGUGAGGAAAUGUAUGGAGGAUUGGAGGUGUAUGGUGGAAUUGAAAGAGAGGGAGCUUGAGGAGGGGCUGUUUGAGAAGCUUAGAUUGAAAGAGGAAUUGUUAGAACCAAAUAUGGAGGAGCUUCGUGUUAUCGCGAAUGAUGUGCAAGAGUGCAUCAAUGAAGCUCAGAGGAAGGAGAGGGAACUGGAAUCGAAAGCUAAGGAACUUGAGUUGGCUGAGGUGAGGGUGAACGAGUGCCGAAAUGAGGUUCAGUGGAAAGAGAGACGAGUGGAGUCGGCUGAGAGGAGGGUUGAGGAACGGCGCAAUCAGGUGGAAUUGAAAGAGAAGCAUUUGUGUUCGAUGGAGAAGUUGAUAGAAGAUAACAAAAAGGGUUUGGACUUGCUCAUGAAGACUGCAGAGAAGCGCCAGAAAGACUUGGAAUCACUCCAGAAGUCGGUGGAAGUGCGUGAAAGGAAUUUGGAUUUGGUGUCUGAUGAACUUAAAAGGAAAGAGAGGGAACUUCAACAGCAGGCUGAAGCGCUUAAAUUGAAGCGUGCGCAGUUUGAUUCUCAAGUGACGAUUCAGCAGUUGGAAUAUAUGCCUGGGGAUAACAAUGCAAUUAUUCCCUCACCUGUGACCAACAUCAUUUCUUCCCUUGUCAAAGCGGAGGAACCAGACUCUUCACUUCCCAAAAAUUCAGCAAGUUUAGUUUUCUCAAAUCUUCAACCAAUUGCCACCAGUGAUGAAGGAUAUGUCCCAGGGUUUCUAAAUAAGAAUUCAAGUGGGAAUAAUUUCAUACAGAAUGCAUUGGCUAACUCUCUUCGGUUGGUACCAGACCCAGCUAAACUUGUGUUGAAUAACAUGCAAAAAUCCCUUGUUCAGUACUUAACAAAUGGAUACUUUGAAGAAAGUUUAAUGUCAGGUAACAUUUCCAUAUUGAUGGAGCUAAUGAGUAUGUCCCCAAAUAUAGGAUCUCAUCUGAAAGUAGAUGCAACAUAUCUAGCACUCAAGUGGAAGAUAAAGAUGACAGGCAAUUCCGAAAAUUCAGUGGAGAGUUUGGCAUUCUUGUUGUUUCUAGCUACUUAUGGAAUUCUUUAUAUGUUGAAUGAAGAUGAGAUUGUAAAGCUUCUUGGGUUGAUUUCUCAGAAUAAAAGGGCUGGAGAAUUAUGUCAGACACCUGCUUUUGCAGUUAUGAUUGCCGAUCUUAUUCGCAAUCUUAUUGAAAAGAAGCGGCUGCUUGAGGCUGUUAAAUGUAUUUGCAUGUUCAAGUUAAGUGACAAGCUCCCUCUAGUACCACUUCUAGAAGAGUAUGUGCGGGAGACAAUGAAGUGUUCUGAAGCAAUUUGUGGGUUAAGGAAUACUCCUGAUGAAAAGGUCAAGUUUUUAAUAAACCAAAUAGCUGAUGCUAGAGUUUUGGUUCAAUGCCUCAAAGAUUACAACCUUGGAUACCUGUCCAAUGUCAUUCAAAUACUAAUAGUUCAGCUGGAAACACUGGAAGAGAGUUGGAGACUUUUCUUGCCUCAUCUUUGUCCCAGCAUUGUUGGGCAACAAGAGCACAGGAAAAGAAAGAAGCAUAACAAUAGCACUUAUGAUCCUGAGAGUCAUUCACAACAGCCGUGA